UGAAACUCACCGGCCAACGGGCAGGGUAAAAAGCUAGUCUAUGCUAAUAAUUAUUCUUCUUAGUUCUUAUAUAACUUAAUACUAUUCUUUGUCUCGCGUUAAUGAUGAUUAUAAUUACAAUAACAACAUAAAAUUGGCACCCAAUUUUGUCGUGAGACAAUCCAAAUACCACAUCGGUUGUAAAAGGGAAGGGACCCUUGUAUUUUAGUGUCCACCAAAGCUCAUUAGUACGAGGUCUUUUGGGAGGACACCCAAGAGUAAAACCAUGUGGCCUUGGCCCAAAGCGGACAGCAUUGUACUAAUUGUGAUGUAGGACGGGACCUAUAGGCACCCCAAUUUUGUCAUGGGCCAAUCCAAAUACCACGUUUGGUUGUAAAAGAGAAGGGACCCUUGUGAUUGAAUGGUGAUGGAACUUUUAGAUGGGCCAUAGGUGGAUGGGGUGGUCCUGUGCUAUAUGGGUCAGAUUUUGGGCCCUUUUUUGUGGGCUCCCCUCUACCUUUAGCCUUUCUUUACUUUGGUCUUCGUGUGGCGUUCAUCCAAUUUUCAUUUUCUUACCUACUCAUUACUGUAAAUAAACAAACAAAUAAAUGCUAUUUUGUUAAAAAAAAAAAUCUGUCGAGAUUGAAGAAAGCUUUUGUAUAAUUUUCUUUGAUGGCCCAAAAUUCAAGAGAACAAUAGAGUAUAUAGAAGUAUAUAUGCGUUUGCAAUUAAAUAAUCAAAAUAAAAUACGUAACAAUUGCGCACGUGGAUGGCUUAGCUCUUGAAAAUGACAUUGGUGAUAAUUAGCAAUCAACCACUUGUAGAUAAAAUUGUGUCUUUUAAACUGUGGCAACUCAAAAAUGGCCCAUGUUUAAUUACCUCACUUAAUCAUUCAAUCUCGCAAUUUAAAUCCAUUGCUAGAUUAUAACUAACUCUGUCGAUAAAUAAUAUGAAAAACUCUAAUUUCAAAACUGGCCAUGUGUUGCACUCAUUUAUACAACAACAAGAACAACAACAAAAAAAGUUAUUUCAUAACUCAAAAAAUCUUACACCUUGAAGUUACACCAUUAUCGUAAUACAGUGUAUUUUUAAAUCGGAAGCAUGUCGCUAAAUUUUUGUUUCUUUGUGUGUUAUUAUUGUAAUGCCAUGUUAUCUCCACUUUCUAGUUAUUGCUUCUUGUUAUAAUCAGAAUUAUUAUUCCAUAACCACAAACAAAAAGAAACAAAAGCGCCGGACUGAUUGAAGUCUCGACCUCCCCCAGAUAGUCACCGGCGGCGACGGCCCACGCCAGAGCUUACGUAUGAUCCAUUUUCACAGCCGAAUUGCAGAAAGCUAAGUGAGAGGACUCGUUGAAGACAGACAGUCCUAAUCCUAUCCUAUUCGUAGAGCAUGGUCCAUGAAACCGUACCGGAUAUCGUAUCGGGAAAGUCAACAACAGUAGGUUAUUUUAUGGUAAAACCAUGGUUUAACCGUAGUUCAACCGUUAGAUCGUUAAAUACCGCCUACCGAUUUAGCUUUCGAUACUGGCAUUUCGUGGUUGAACCGGCGGUACGAUACGGUUUCAUGGACCAUGCCGUAGAGUCGAUAAUGGAGGUUCGACGAGGCAGGCACAUGCUAACUGGCCGCCACGCCAAUUCAAAGGCAGAAACACGGCUUAAUUAUGAGAAAUGACUAGUUAGUUGGAAUAAUGCUUAGCUUCUUUUACACUCCUUACAAAUUGACUUGCCGGUCAGAAUUUGUGUUUAAUUAGUCUUCAAAUCAAUAAUUCAACUUAAUUAAUUAUUGCAGAGAGUUACGUAUCCAUGGACCGUGAAUGAAUCAGUUGUGCGCAGACCGCCCAUCGUACUGUGUGGUUCGACCAAAUCAUCAAUAUCGCUGAGACGAUCAGGAUUAUUCAGAUUGUUCAGGCACGGCGAGCCUGGUUCAGUAAUUUCACCAAUUCAAAUUUUUGAAAGGAAUCUUAUAUUGAUCGAUCUCAUGCAUUUCUCUUAUUGUGACUUAGGUCAAGUCCAAUGCAAAACCCCAAAUUUGGGGGGCUUAAUUUCCAACUUUGGGGAUCGACCCCUAUUUUAUCUUUUUUUUUGCUCCAAUGCUUCAAUCUCCAUAUUCGGGGAUCUUAAUUUUUCCAGUUUUUCUAUUUACUUAAAAAUGUAAUUAUCGAAGCCUUAAUAUAAUUUGUUCUUGUUAAUUUUUGUAUAGUUCGUCAUCAUUUUUAAAUACAAAUUUUUCGAUAAAAUUUUGUUAAAUUUCAAGUCCGAAUUUUUUGGGGAUUCCCAUUUCCACCCCCAAAUUUGGGGAUCUUUUUGCAGAUCUUCCCCAAAUAUAGAGACUCCAUUAAAGCUAACUUUUUCCCAAAUAUAGAGAUUCCCCCAUUUAUAGAGGCUCCAUUUGAGUUAGCCUUAGUCAUCUUUUUUUUAGAGGGAAAAUUGAGUUUUAGUUUCGUCCAAUCCGGUUUGAUUAUGGUGUCCAGUGGCAUUUCGGUUUAACCGGUGCCCGGUUGUUCACAAAAUGGAAUGGUGAUUUGGAGGAGACAUAAACCUUGAGAGUCAUGUGGGCGUGGGACAGCGGGAAUCUCCGAAGCGGCCGCCGUUGUGGUGUCGGCUACUGCUGUGGGUGGCACUAGACGGAGGCUGGGGGUGGCGGGAUCCACCGGAGGACUAAUUGGAAGUUUACCGUUUACUACUCAACGGCGGCGAUGGUUCCCAUCUUUCUUCUAUACGGUGGUCAAUCUUGUUGAUUAAGAGAAGAGAAGACCAUUUACGACGGCAGGAGGAGAUUGAUUCAAAAUUCAAAGCACCAUUAGUCGGCAUGUAGUUACAAAUAUAUUUUUUUAAUCAAAGUUUAAUAAAAAUCUUACUGGAUGCAUGUAUCAUUGUGGAUUCACUUGAUCAGAAUGAUAAUUAAAAGGAAUGAUUGAAGCGUAAAUUUUAUAGUUUCGCGUUCAUGGGAACUUGAUGACCGCGUCCAUGUGAAGUCCAUCUUCUGCGGUUGUGGAGAAGGAAGGUCACGUUGAAUUCUGGGCUGGCUCUCCUCAUUCCAAGACUUCGGAUCAAUUGAAUCUACGACUAGUUUUUUUUUUGGGUAUCAAAGCAUGUGUUAUACUUGCUAUUAUUAUGCUCGUCCUCGUGUAGUUGGUAAGAGUGAACACUUUCUUUUUUGAAAUAGUUUUAUAUAAAAUAGUGGUGAGUUUUGGUCGUCGGAGUAUAAUAGAGUUGUCCAUACAGUUACAAAAAAAUAUUCGCUUAUCAGUAGUUCGAUUGCAUGUAUACUGACUAUUGUGUUUGAUUGAGGCUAGUAUUGUAAUUCAGUUUUUGUGAUUGCCUUGAAAACGAUUUGCUCUAAACUCUUCAAAAUUCCCAAUUAGUUCUUCUUUAUUCCAUUGAUAAUAACUCCAUCAAUCCAUCAUUCAUUAUGCAUGGAAGGCUCGGAGAAGGAUGACAAGUCUUCAUACUUUCAAGUCUCACAUUACUCUUUACUAGUGUUAUAAAGGCCAAGCCUCCUAUCUUACAAUGUAUUCAAAAUUUUGUUUUUUACAAAGGUGAUAUAAGUUUGAUUAUUUAUUUAUUUAGGUACUACUUAAAAGAUUCUAAUCUCAAACUUGUAGGUUUAAAACUAGUGGUAUUACAAUCAAAGAUGAAACUUGUG